CCCUCCUCACUGUCGCUCCCUGACGUGACGAUGUCAUCAAAUGCACCGCCUUUGCGAGGACAGGCGAGAGCGGCUUCAGCUGCUGAAGAAGUCUGCGGGUAUCGUGUCUCUCGGUGCGCUAUGGUUUGACCACACACGGCAUUGAACACUUCCCCAGUGAUGCACCAAACACCACACGGAUGCAAUCGAUGCACAUAACAUAUUUCUCUGGCCCCUUUGUGCUCUGUGCUCAUUAGCUUACAGUCCGCUGCCGAGUUUCCCGUUCAUCUGGUACAUGUCAUUGAUAUCGUUGACCGACUGGAUCAGUGUCGGCUCCCUGCGAUACGGCGUGUGCAUGCUGCUGGCAGUGCUGUUGGGCGAGUCGCCUGCACUGCCUGGAGAGGGGUAGGGCGGGGGAGGGGGGAAGGGCGACACUGGCGGCACACUGAAGGGAUGGGACACAUUUGGGGGGACGGUGGGGGGGAGGCCAAAGGGGCCGUGGGCGAAGAACAGCGGCUCACACGGCUGGAGAAAGGACGACGGCUGAGGUUGGUGGUGCUGUUGGUCAGGGAGAGCCGGGUAUGAGGGAGCCCUUGGGCUGCUGGCCUGCAUGGGCGCCUCUGGGCCGCUGGGCGCGAAGGGUCCGCCCUGGGCUCCGCCGGCGGGCGUCAUCCCAGGCGGCGCCAUGAUGGGCAUGGUGAUGGUUGUGAGUGGGUUGUGUCUGAUCGAUCAACGAAAAGCGUUGCCCCUCCUUGAUGGCAUGUCCUUACAGCGCAGCACACGCAUCAGCAAAAGUCCAAGUCAUUACACAAGUCCACUUACACUUACAGCGAACUCCUUGGGCUGCUGGGCUGCAUCGGUGCAGGUCCGUUGGGCGCGAAGGGUCCGCCCUGGGCUCCGCCUGCCGCUAAAGUGAGUGGAGAGGUAGACGGUGGGCUGCUGGACAUGUUGGUCUUGUGAGAAUUGUUGUGGCUGCAACCAUUUGAGGUUCCUCCACUGCCAGGAGGAACGGCUGGCUGACUUGGGCCGACCUGACGCGACGACGGGGCGGAUGUGGCCAUUGCAGCCGCAAUC